AUGAAAUCAACUACCCCAACAUGUUUACCUCAUUCUGAAGCUUUUGUAGUUGGUGAUCGUCAAAAUUCCCCCGAAGAUUUGGUUUUUGAUCUUUUCAAAAUCCCUCAUCGAGAUGAGGCACAUGUGGGCAGACUUCUUUAUACUCUCAGGGGCUUUGGACUUACUUCUGAUGAUCAACGCCUAGCCCCAAUGCUAGAAAAAAUGCGGCAAUGUUUGGAUAUUGAAAAUAAUGCAGAAGCAACAACAACUACUGUUGAUGGAAUGCACAAAGUAACCAAUAAACAUGGUGAGGAAGUCCAUGGGGAAGAGCUUCAUUUUGGUAGACAUUUGGGCCGUGAACAAUUUAAAGCUUGUGUCCGUCCAUGUAUUGAUCUGGUUUCACGUGCACUUCGUAAUCAAUUAAUUAUACCCAAUUGGACAGAAUUUACUGCUAAAAUUAGAGAAAUUUUUGAAGAGUGUCGGUCAGAGGAAGGUGGAGAUGUUGCAACUUAUAUUCCUCAAUUGGCUAGAGCAGAUCCGAAUCGUUGGGGACUUUCAAUUUGUACAAUAGAUGGACAACGCUUUUCUCUAGGCGAUUCUCUUUUUCCUUGGUGUUUUCAAUCAGUCUCCAAGGCAUUCAAUUAUGCAAUUGUUGCCUCAAUUUUGGGUGAUUAUGUUCAUUCUUUUGUUGGACAUGAACCUUCUGGAAGGCUUUUUAAUGAAAUUUGUCUUGAUUCUAGUGGAAAACCUCACAAUCCAAUGAUUAAUUCUGGGGCUAUAAUUGUCACGUCUUUAAUGAAGAAAGGCUUGCCUAUGGCUGAUAGAUACGAUUUUGCAUUGAAUGAAUAUAAAAAGUUGGCUGGUGGAGGAUAUAUUGGCUUCAACAAUGCAACAUUUUUGUCAGAAAAGAAGACAGCAGAUAGGAAUUAUGCAUUAUCCUACUAUAUGAAAGAAAAUAAAUGUUUUCCUUCUGAUAUAGAAAGUAUUCGAGAUGAAUUGGAUUUUUAUUUUCAAUUGUGUUCUUUGGAAACUAAUUGCGAGGCUGCUGCUGUAAUGGCUGCUACUUUAGCUAAUGGAGGAGUUUGUUCAUUAACUGACCAACCAUGUAUUCAAAGUCGGGCGUGUCGUGAUGUUCUUUCUUUAAUGUAUUCCUGUGGAAUGUAUGAUUAUUCUGGACAAUUUGCUUUUGAUGUUGGGUUACCUGCAAAAUCUGGUGUUUCUGGUGGAAUGAUUUUGGUUUUUUUUUUAAAUUUAUUUUUUAAUUAA